GCAUCUCUGGGGCACAAGGUUUGGGCGGCGCCACUGUUUGCAGAUCUGGGAAAAGAGAAGUAAAAGCUGGAGGGGAAGUCGCCGCCUCCUAAUCCUCCGGCAAUAUCUGCCCCUCCCCGGGGCAUCAGAACCAGAACUGCCCUUCUACUCACCAGCAAGGUCCGUAAGGGAGGAGAUGGGAGCCGGAGGUUGGAUCCUUGCGCUGCUCUUGGCAGGAGGUUGGUGCCAGGCUCGGUGCCAGUCAGAUGUGUGUUUGGCACCAGAUGGCAGAGAUGGGCUUCCCGGGACCCCGGGGCGAGAUGGGCGAGCGGGAGAGAAAGGAGAGCGAGGAAACCCAGGGGUGCCCGGCAGGAACUCGGGGCUCACAGCAGCCAAGGGGGAUGAUGGGAAUCCUGGACCCCCUGGGGAACCUGGGCCAAUAGGAUAUAAAGGCCCACAAGGUCCCCCUGGCCCUCUGGGUGAAAUGGGGCCAAAAGGAGCAAAGGGCCCAAUGGCCAACCUGGCCAAUCAGCGCCGCCCCGCCUUCUCCGCCAUCAGCCCCCGUAUCCAAGGCAACAUGGUGCUAUUUACUAAGCCCGUUACCAACAUGGAAGGCGCCUACAGCGCCGCGGGCAAAUACGUCUGCGCCGACCCGGGGUUCUACUACUUCACCUUCCAGGUGGUCUCAGCCGGGGACCUGUGUCUCUACAUUGUGCGGAACGGAGCCAGGCUCCUCGGGUUCUGCGACACCAGCACCAAAGCCCAACAGCACCAAGUCAACUCCGGCGCCGCCGUCCUCAGUCUGCGCCAUGGCGACCAGGUCUGGAUCGAAACCGACGCCCACAGAAAGAACAUCGCGACUUCCCCCGACACCACCAGCGUCUUCAGCGGCUUCUUGCUCUUCCCCCACUAACCGCUCCCAUUAAUGCCCCGUGUGGGGCAGGUCCCCGGGGGGGGGGCAGCUGAUUGUGAUCAUAUCUGUAUCGUUUGUGCCAUUAAAUCUAAUUACUGGAU